AUGGACCCUGAACUCAUUGACUUUGUUGACUGGCAGAAGGUGGCUGAAAAAAUGGCUUUCUUACGUCCUGUUGAAGUCAAACUUGUUCCCAUGUCCUUGGAAGGCGUUGCCUUUAGGACUAAAGUCCUUGACAUAGAUGAACUCAUGAACUAUACUAGCUUGAUUGCAGAGCACAGAAAGGAAACCAUGGAAGCACUUGAUGCUUCAGGGUACUUAAAAUCUGUUAUAUAUGCAUUAGUAGAUAUCAUAAAACAAAGUUCAGGUUGUUACCCUCUUGAAGUUGAUGUUAGAACUCCAAGGGGUUUGGCUAACAGAAGUGGCAUCCAUGAUGGAGGUGAGGGAAACAGGCGUAUUGUAGUGGAAGCUGGGGUACUUGAAGUUCUCUCAGACAAGCUAGAGAAAUAUACUUUAAAUUCACAGGCAGAGUUUGAGGACACCGAGGGCAUAUGGAUAAGUGCUUUACUAAUGUCAAUAUUGUUUCAAGAUGAAAAUGUGGUAUCAUCAUCAUUAACCAUACACAUCAUUCAGUUUUUAGCAAAUCUUCUCAAGUCUGAUGAAAUUCUUGACAAGUUCUUCUCUGCCCAAGCCAUGGCUAGUCUUGUAUAA